UAUCGAUGGCCAAUCAAAUAUCUCUCUCUUCAUAAAUAAUUCGUCAAACGGAUUUCUACUGAAACUAUCCGCAACAAUCUCUCUCUCUCUCUCUCUCUCGGUUUCUGCUCAAUACUCAUAUUGGCUUGAAGCUCAAAUGGCGCAUAUUCUUCAUAACUAACCCUUACCCUUAUCUCCUCACUAACACGUUCUCCCUCUCUCUCUCUCUCUCUGAUCUAGGGUUCUUGUACUGUUCCCCGGGCCCACACUCACUACCAAGCCAUAAGAGCCUCCUCUCUCUCUCUCUGUAACCGAAUUCAUGGAUUUUUAUUUCUGGAUUCUUUUACACAUUGAGCUUCCUUGUCUUCCUGCAAAUCACUGACAAUCGAUUUCAUUCAGCAAAACUUCUUCAAUUUCGGAGAUAUGGUGAAUACUGAAGUGUCUGGUAUUGGAUUUUGCAAUGGGGAAUAUGGGGCUUCAAGCUAGUCUCUGAAACUUCAUCAGAAGUGAGAAGAUCUUUGCAAUUUCAGUUAUUUGGAGCUCAAAACCAUUGUUGGAUUCGUUUUUUUUUAUUGGGUUGUCUGGUGUUUUAUUGUUUUGGUGUUAUGGGAAGGGGAAGAGGCAAAGGCAAAAAACUCACAGUGGUUGCCAGCCAUGAAGAUCCAGGAAGUGGAGGAGAAGACGCUCUCCCUGCUUAUAAGAGAAGGGGAAGGCCCCAAAAGCCAUUAAAGGAUGAGAUUGAAGAAGAAGAUGCAGGGAAACUGGAGGAAGAAGAGGAAGAAGAAGAAGAUGGGGCUUCAAAGCCUUCGGAUUCGAGCAAGGUGGGAAAUUUUCAGGUCCCAACUGAAAAUGGUAGAAAGAGAAAGAGACAGGUGAAAGAGAAAGCUGAUUCAGUUGCAGAGGUAAAUGGAGGAGGGAGAUCCAUCAAUGGAGAGAUGAAGCCUAAUGGGUUCAGGCAAAAUGGAAGAAAUAGAAAAAGCACACCAAGAAGAGCGGCAGAGGCUGGUGUCGAAUGCAAGUGAGAUUUUUCCGGCAUAUUUUGUCGGUUUAUUGGGGUUUUAUAAAAGCCAGUUUGUUGAUCUCAAAACUGAUGGUUUCCACUUGAGUUUCUCCUAUCUUGCUUUGUUUCCCCUUUUCGUCUGAUUUUUUUGGUUUCUUUUGUCUUUGUUUUCUCCUUUUUGCCUUGCUUGCGGUGUGAAGGUUAGUCUCUUUGCCUGAAAUCACAAGCUGGUCUGAGAGAUAUGUUGCCUUAUUUUGUUGUCCUAGUUAUGUUUGAGAUGGUAUAUGAAUCCCGAAUUUUUGGGUUUUUUUUAUCUUAAAUCUAUUAGUUUCUCUAGUUUCCAUUGUUGUCACAAUCAUUAGCAAGUGCUAUAAACUUAUGUUGAUUAAUUCUAA